AUGACCGGACCGGGGUCAGCGCGGGUUUUUUGUCGCGGCGUGUUCGGUACUAGCAACCCCCGGCAACCCCCAGCAACCCCCGCCAGCCCCCGGCGACCCCCGCCUCCCCCGCCGCGUCACGCGCUACUCCAAAAUGGGGUGUCAACCCUACACCGUAAACAUCGUAGCCUUGAUUGUAAUACUGGAGGCCGCGCCGUUGCCAUGACAACCGCCCACCUACCUGUCCUCAUUAAUAUGUACCCGGACCGGACCCGGCCGGACAGAACCGGACAGAACCGGACAAUACCGGACAAAACCGGACAACAUCUCCUUGAUAACUACAAAUCGACAUCUGAAUAUUUAACAGCUCGCCUUGAAACCGCCGUUUUCAUAAUCAUAUGUUCGACGUUCCUGUUAAUACAAAUAAGACUCGCUUAA